AUGAACGUGAAUCUUGCCGUUCCCAUUCAUCCCGUUUGCCAAUGUUUUAAGAUGGCGGACGCGAACGAGAAGUUGCUGGCGGAACUUCUGAAAAAGUCUGGGAACAACGUGUGCGCGGAUUGCGGGGCCAAGAAUCCAGAAUGGGCGUCUUACAAUAUAGGUAUAUUCGUUUGCACGAGGUGUGCUGGUGUACACAGAUCUAUGGGAGCACAUAUUUCGAAAGUGAAGCACUUAAAGUUAGAUAGAUGGGAAGAUUCUCAAGUGAGUAGGAUACGCGAAGUAGGUAAUAGCAAAGCGAGAAUGCGCUACGAGGAACGUGUGCCCUCUUGCUACCGCAGACCAAAUCCAGAUACUCCACAAGUUUUAGUCGAACAAUGGAUUAGAGCAAAAUACGAAAGAGAGGAAUUUUGUCAUCCUGAAAGACAAAAUCAUUAUGUAUCAGGAUUUAUGGAAGGGUUUUUAAUGAAACGUGGAAAGGAAGAUUCACGUUACCACCCUCGUAAAUUUGUACUUCGCGAAGCGGAGGAUACACUCAAGUAUCAUGUUAAAGAAAAUAAGGAACCCAAAGCUGUUUUAAGAAUAUCAGAAUUAAAUGUAGCGUUUGCGCCACCUAAAAUUGGCAAUCAGAAUAGUCUUCAACUGUCCUUUAUGAAAGAUGGCACAACGAGACAUAUCUAUGUGUACCACGAGGAUCCGGAAGUAAUCACAAAUUGGUACCUUGCCAUUAGGUGUGCAAAACUGCACCGCUUACAAGUGGCGUAUCCAGGUGCUAAUGAGAAUGAGUUAUUGUCGCAACUUACAAGAGAUUUCCCGCGCGAAGGCUUUUUAUGGAAAACUGGUCCAAGACAUACAGACGCUUAUAAAAAAAGAUGGUUUACCUUAGAUGGUAGAAAACUCAUGUAUCACGACGAUCCUAUGGACGCACAUCCAAAAGGUGAAAUCUUUUUGGGUCAUAGUUCCGAAGGUUUCGCGGUAAAAACGGGCGUACCGUCGGGUGCUAGAGAUCAAGGAUUUUCAUUUACUCUUGAAACUCCUGAUAGGACUUACCUGCUCUCUGCACAAAGCGAUGACGACAGAUCGCAAUGGAUUAGCGUAAUCCAAAAAGUAAUAGAUAAACCAUUAACGCCACAGGACGCAACCGUAGCAGCAAGACUUGUAAGAAAGCGCACAACAAGCGGAACAAUGAAUAUAUUUUCGUCCACGAGAUAGGGCUGGAUUCCUCUUAGGCGUCUUUCUUAAUUUUAUGCCGAUUAAUCGAAUCGUAUCGAAAUAUAUAAAUAUAUGACUCAGCACACACGCGAAACGGCACGUAUAGCUUCGAAUUAUUUACUCAUCUUGUUACUGUUGAGUCAUGUAUUUAUCUUGCACACGGUAGUUGCAUAGAGACAUAUUAAGACUGCUCGAAGAUGUUGAUCAACAAAUGUGGAUAAAGGAUAAACUACAAGCACCAACCACUUCUCGGUGAUAUUCUUGCGUUGAAGAUAAAGCUUGUGUCGCUUACCAUCGAAAUGCGUAGGCAGGCAGUAUCGUAACAAUAUUACAAGAAAUUUUUACUUAGCAAUAAUAUUGUGUGUGAUACUUGUCUCUGACAGUGUAACGUUCGAAGCACUGAAAAAAUUAUCUUCCAGAAGUUUGAUCUAAUCUAUUACGGAACAAUCUAUUGAAUAGCAAAUCUAGCUUAG